AUGGCUAAUGAAGCUGAAGAGCGAAUGACAAAAACAUCAACACAGCAAGAGCAACAGCACAGAUGGGAACCACCAAAGCCAGGGAUGAUUAAGAUUAACACUGAUGCAGCCAUCUCAAAUCAGUCGGUAAGAACAGGGAAAGGGAUCAUACCAAGGAACUGGACUGGGAAACUGAUGAAAGCAAAAGGAAUAAUGGAACGCAAGAAGGGAACAGCUAUGGAGGAAGAAGCUUUAGCAGUAAGAGCUGCGCUUGUGAUGGCCAAAGCUGCAGGAUGGAUGAAAAUAGAAGUCCAAUCAGACUGCAAAUCCGUGGUCAAUCAAAUUAAUGCAAGCAGUGUCCAUGACAUUAGCAUUGCAACAGUUCUAGAGGAUAUUGAGGAGCUGAAGGAAGAAUUUGAAGAGUGCAACUUCUCUUUUGUGUAUAGAACAGGCAACACGUGUAGCCAUACACUAGCUCAAAAUGCAAUUAAGCUAGUACAUGACAUAGAAUGGAACAAAGAGUUCCAGGUAUGGCUGAUGGAUAUUGCUCGGAAAGAUAUGAGGGCAGUUGCCCCUUUUUGUAACUAA